CUAUAAAUAUUAAUGUUUCAUUACAGAAGGUCGACCCGGAAUUGAUUUUCACGAAACAAGAACGCAUCGGUAAGGGUUCUUUCGGUGAAGUGUUCAAGGGGAUCGACAACCGUACCACUCAAGUAGUCGCCAUAAAAAUAAUCGAUCUCGAAGAAGCCGAAGAUGAGAUCGAGGACAUCCAACAAGAGAUUAUGGUUUUGUCGCAGUGUGACAGCCCGUUCGUUACGAAAUAUUACGGAUCGUAUCUUAAGGGAACGAAGCUAUGGAUCAUCAUGGAAUAUUUGGGUGGAGGAUCGGCAUUGGAUUUAAUGAAAGCGGGCAAUUUCGAGGAGAUGCAUAUCGCUAUCAUUUUACGGGAAGUAUUAAAAGGUCUGGACUAUUUGCACAGCGAAAGGAAGCUCCACAGGGACAUAAAGGCAGCCAAUGUUCUUCUUAGUGAAAUGGGUGAUGUGAAAUUGGCCGAUUUCGGAGUGGCGGGUCAACUGACAAAUACAACAAGUAAAAGGAACACUUUCGUUGGGACGCCGUUCUGGAUGGCGCCAGAAGUCAUCAAACAGUCCGCUUACGAUUCGAAAGCAGACAUCUGGAGUCUAGGGAUCACGGCCAUCGAGCUUGCCAAGGGUGAACCUCCCAAUUCGGAAUUGCAUCCGAUGAGAGUACUGUUUCUCAUUCCGAAAAACAAUCCUCCACAAUUGACUGGAAACUAUACGAAACAGUUUAAGGACUUUGUCGAAGCUUGCCUCAAUAAAGACCCGGAAAAUAGACCUACUGCAAAAGAACUCUUGAAAUUUCCUUUUAUAAGAAAGGCGAAGAAGAAUUCCUAUUUGAUAGACUUAAUCGAUAGAUACAAGAAAUGGAAAUGUACAAGAAGCGAAGAAAGCGAAACUGAGUCGGAAAAUUCCGAUUCUGAGGAACCGAAGCAAGACAGUGAUUUAGACGACCCUUGGAUAAUGACAGUGAAGGGAAACCAUGCAAUUAAGACGCCGGCUGACGAUGUAGUAUUAAACCAUAAGAUUACGAAUAAGGUACAAAAUGGCUCAGGUCCCACACUGACUAAAUCGCCACCUAAAGAUUCAAAUUUAAAUCACUACAGGACUGACAAAGCUACACCUUCAUCAAGAUCUUCGACGCAAAGUUUAACUGAUAAUCGAAAAGAAAAGGAACGGGAUAGGGAAAGAGAAAAGGACCGUGAAAAACGAAUUUCUAGAGAAUUAAGUCCAUUAGAUCACCGAGGGGAUAGGGAUGAUUUAGAUAAAAAAUCGAACCGUAGGCCCACAUCUCGAGAGCACUCGAAUACGGGGGUUAAACCUGACAAUAGGUCACCUUGCCUUACGACUGUUAUCUAUCCCUUAAUAUCAGAGUUACAAAGAAAGCACCAUUACAACGGCCGGGGACCAGAAUCGUCUCAUAAAACGUGCGACGCUAUCGAGGAACUGAAAAACGCCUUUGAAAUUGCCGAAAGAACUAGUCCUGGUAUUAGUGAGUCCUUUAUCUGUGAAAUGGUGCAGAAACUAGUGCCAUCCGUUUCCGAACAAAGAUUGCGAAGUGUCAUUGAUAAAGUUACAAGAGAUUCAUCGUAGGAACCUGGUUAGCGGUUAAGGGUGAAAUUAACAGGAUAUAGGUCACAUUUAAUAACAUGCUAUAGUAUAAUCAAUUGUUUUAAGCUAUUAAAUACUUACAACAUGACAAUAUCCAACUUAUAAUACAUAUUGAGCUUAUAAUACACAUAGCACGAGUUAAAACACACAUUGAAAUUUUAUAUGUUCCAAUAACAUUUGUUAACGACUGAGACGAUUAGUGUUUGUCGUUCGACUUUAAAAUAAAACUAAAAUAAUCUUUGCUACAGCGAAAGGAGGUACAAGUCGUUAAAAAGUAAAAUGGGUAUUGUUUUAGCCGAAAAAAAGAAUGAAAGAACAUAAACAGGAACAUUAACAGCAAACAUUCUGUGCAUUAUGUAUAUAUGUAUGUAGAUUGAAUUAUAUUAAGAUAUUUUUCCUGCGAUGUAUUUUUUUAGAUAUGUAUGUAAAUAAGAGGAUGAACUGUAAAUGAUUUUCUUUUUGUUCUGUGUAACACUGAAUAUGAGAAAAUUACAAUCGUUGAGUUUUUAGCUUUUGUUCAAAGAAAGCUUUAUUCCAGCGUUGUUAGUUAAUUUUUAAGUCAAAAGAAAACAUUUUUAAGUUUAAAGUAUUUUUGCGUAAAUAAAUACAUAAGUAAAUUUAUAAGAGUACCGUCAAAGGCUACAUUUUGUUUUUGCGACUAAUAGACUUGAAAAAUUAUUGUUUUUGAAUUUAUUUAUUCAAAUAAAUAGCCUACUUACAUUUUAUGUGUA